ACAUGUGCAUGUGCCAUCGAAUCGGCUGUGACGUGGAAUCCGAACCGUGAUAUUUUUGUAUUGUUCUCUUCACCUGUGGGCUUGUCUUCAAAUGGACAGGCCAAUUCACCAGUAUUGAAAGCAUUGUCGACGAACUCAAACAUUCAUUAUCGCAACGUCGAUUGGUAUAAAGAACGAUACGUAAAUUCUUGCAGAUUUCUAUACCAUUCCGAAGAAUGGGUGAAAAAAGAUAAAAUGCUCACAACAGAACAUUUCAUGGGUCAUUUAUCCGAUUUUCUUAGGCUUCUGUCUAUCUACAAAUUCGGUGGAAUUCAUUUCGACUUAGAUAUUAUUGUUCAAUCGACAUUUGAAGAUUUUCCACCCAACUUUAUUGGUGCGCAAGACGCUGAAGAAAUACAAAAUUCAGUUCUUGGCUUUGAAUCGAGAGAUGUUGGUCACAAAAUUGUUGAAUUG